AUGAAGAACACUUUCAGCAAAAAUCACAGUGGGAAACCUCGGGGCGUCCGGGGCCGGUGUCGGUGGAAGCGAGGGGCAGCGGGCACACACGCCAACAGCUUACACAUUCCUUUCWGCAUCUGUAAAGGAGCGCGCACCUGCGACGAGGAGCUGAGCACCUUCAGUCGGGCCAGGGGCCUUGGCAGGGCCGGCGCUUUCAUCACUCCCGAGAAGAGCGGACGAGAGAGACGAGAGUUCACCGCGUCGGCACUACCCCGGGACAGCCUGACCCGGCCCUCCCUCCCCAGCGCCGGCGGAGCGGGGCCGCCCGGGGCCACGGAGGAGCGGGGCCGCCCGGGGCCACGGAGGAGCGGGGCCGCCCCGGGGCCACGGAGGAGCGGGGCUGCCCCCGUGCCGCUCUGGGAGACGCGCCGGGACAGGCGGCCGCGCCCUACCCGCAGCAGAGGCGGUGGGAUCGCGAGGAAGCCGCGCCGUGCCGGGGCCACCCGGGUGCCGCCGCUGCCGGUUCUGGCGCACGGAGCGCACGGCCUGGCCCGGCUCCCUCCCGCGCUCCUCUACGGCCGCAGACUCACUUGGGCCUUCCCUGGAGCCUGCUGCCGGAUGGUGGAGGUGCUGCUCGCCGCCCCGAUGCURGUGUGCAGCUCCGUGUCCGGUGGCUCGGCGGGAGGAUAACCGGCCCUGGCGGGCAUCUACUGCCACCACUACGGCGGGGCCUCCAGCGGCUUCAGCCGAGCGGACGGGGAACGAGCCCAGCAGCUUGAGCAGCGUUUUUACCUAUUGAAGCUGCCCAUUGCAAGACCAGCGACGGCCAUGGGAGGCUGUCUCCUGGUCAUCCCUUGUGUUCUCAUUUUGGUUGGUGUUCUACGGGUACCAUGGCAUUUCCCAGCAUGGCUGCUAAUUGAAUGCACCCUGGACACAGUAAUUGUAGUUGGCACAGUACCCGCUCUGUACUAUUUCUUCCAUUCUCUGCUGAGGGUUUAUAAUUCAUCAGUGUGCAAAGAAAGAGAGCAGCUCUAUCACAACAAAGGCUAUCAGGGCUUCUGGUGCAGCCUGCACGGGGCAGAGAUUGCUGUUGGCCCCUUGGGCUGCAUGGCGUACCUGCUCAGUGCAGGCCUAGCUGUCAGAGAGUACAGGACAGCUCAUGAACAGAAACAGAAACCAAUAAGAACUUAGAGAUGAUUCCUCCACUCCAGUAGUGGUCUUGAUUUUUGCCGGUCCCCUUACUGAGAUGAAGCAGUGUGCUUUCCUUGCUUCUGGACAGUGCAGCCUUAAUGCUGCAGAGCUAGCAUAGCUGUAAAUAUGGUAGAAUCAGGCCAUUCACAACUUGAUUUUGCAUUAUUAAAUAGUGUCUCAAAGCUGAUCCAAGGGGUUUUGUCUCCUGCUUCACAGGCAGCCCUUCCAUCCUGCUAUCAUGUGUCCCAUUCUCCAGUGAGGUCUUGCUACAAGUACUGCCACUACUGCUUCUGUCAGUGAACAGCUCUGUAGCAGAAACUGUCUAUACAAAAGGCAUGUGAUUUCGCCRAGAACAGAUCUCUUAAAAACAACUGGUCAAGGCCCAUGGUUGUAGCAACUAAAUAUUGCUUCCUUGUAGUUCUCUUGGAAUUAAGAGACUAGUGUGAAUGUGACAUUUGUAAGGCCAUGAAAAUAUUCUGAAAAAAGCUCACAAACUCAGUCUAACUUGUGACACAAUGCCUUUUAAACUCCGGGACAGAGCCCAUUUUUGUGUGGAAUGGUCUUUUAUAUAACUUGUAUACAAUAGUUUCACUUAAAAAAAUGCCCUGAAUUGGGCUGAUCAGACAAAAGCUUUAUGAGAUCAAGGGGUGGUUGACUAUAGAAGUAUAUUGUUUUCAAAAUCCAUUUUAAAUAUACAAGUUGGAGAAAUGAGAUGCUGCUCUUGAUUUUUUGGGKUUUUUUUUAGAAAAACUUGUAUAGGAAAUCUAACUGGGAAAAGCAGCACUAGAAUCACCAACUCAUGCCUCAAAAUGAAAUGCCACUUCAUAGCUGCUGCUAGACACAGCUACCUUUGAUUGGGAUAUUGYACACAUUUCUUACAGCACAGUAACAGAAUCAGAAUAAGCUGUUAGAUGAAAGUAAAAAUCUUUAUUGCUAAGUCAGCUGAAAAAUCCUAUGCAAAAAUAUUCUUCCUUCCUGAACUGCUCUAUACACCCGAAUAAAGAAUGGACUAAGGUUUUCCAACAAUCUUACCUUAUUUACCUUUCCAAAGCARUACAAACAUAGCGACAGUGCUGAGGAUGCAUUCAUUGGACAAUCUACUCCCAUAGACAACAAAAUCAGGGAUUAUUAAGAGGUGCAUGCUAGAGUGGGAUACAGAAAAUAUCCUUGUUAAAAAYCAAAAAAAAAAAGCAUGAAAAAAGAUUAUUUAUUAAAUAGUAGAUACACUGCAAUAUUUAACAUGCGCCAGGUCAUGUGAGUAAAGUUUAAAAAAAYGUAACAUUUUAAAAUGUGAAAACAGGAAAAAUACAGUUGAGUCUUCAAAAAGCAACAGAACAGCAGACAACGAUUGCACAAGACCAAAGAGGUGAUCCUGCUGCCUGARGAAGGGCUUUGGCAAGUGACACAAAAGCCAUCAGCAUCUGGAAGGAGUGCAGAAACCCCACAGGUCAAAAGCCUUAGGUGGCUGAAGGUCCUGUGUACUAGRGGAAAGAUUUCAGACUUCACAGCAGCCAAGAGAGGGAAAUACUGCUCCUUCUUGGAAGAGAAUGUUAACAUCCCAUCUAACUGAAAAUUCUGGUCUGGUAUGAACGGUCUGUGAUGCUGCCUCUAUUGGGCCCUGUUCCUUGUUCUGAGGGCAAUUUGGAGGCUAUCUCUUACCUUUAACACCUGGGCCCAAAUACCCAUCACUGAACAUAACCUUUUUGGRUUCCUUUUGCAGAAGCCUUUCUGGACAGGAUAGGACAGAGUAGUGCCUUCAGAGUACCCUUCUCAGCAAGCAUGCUCAUCAGCAGAGCCAGUAUUACUGGAGAGAUGGACCAACCAACUUCUCAGCCUCAUUGGCURUGGCUGCAUGGAAGGCAUGGGCAGCCUAAUGACCUCAAACUGAGAACCUCUCUAACAACAAGUCUUCGAAUGAGUUCUCACUGAUGUAGUUAUGUGAAGAUCACACAGUAUCACUGCAAACUCCACAUACAAAAAUCAGGGAAGGGGCUUGAGAACAGGAAGAGAACUGGGAAGACACUUUCUAUACCUUGCUAUGAGUGCUCCAGUAGAUUCACCCUUUCAUACCUGUUCUACCUACAGCAGUGCCCCUUGGGAGCUUGAAAUCUAAGGUGGUUUAAUAAGAAAGGUAGGGAAGACACAGAGGGAGGCAGGAAAACAAAAGGUCGUGGAGGGAAGUAUUCUAUUCUAUGAGCUGUCCUCACCAGACAGAGGAAGAUAACCCAGCCACACCACUGCCUGACCAAAGUCAGAAAAAAACCCCAUUUAUUUGGAUGACAGUGACUUCGAAACAUGUCUCAACAGUUGGAAUCUUGAGUUAGAAAAUCCAAGACAUUUGUAUGAAAUACUAUGCCAGUGUCUUUGUUGCCAUCCAACACUGCCCUAGAAAAAAGUAUCACUUUUUGUGAUACCCAGGCACAUUUUUUUAAUGCAUGAAAAAGAUUUUGGAUGACUGGAGAAAAAGCAUCGUAAUGUGUGGCUGAAAGGGAAAAGGAAAGGCUUAAUCCUCAGAAGCAGCACAUGGAAGAUAUGCAAAGCUGCUGGGGACACCAAUGCUUAUCUUAGUCAAAUAGAGGAAGAUUAUUUGGAACAGGUAAAGUCAAUUCAGCUUGUGCUGCCCGGAGUUUGUUACACCAGCUUCAGAGAGAUCUGAGCUCUACCUCGAGUGUAAGAAAAAUAACAAGCCAUGCCUUCCAUGACAGUUCAUACCUACAGAAAAUAAGAGCUGGCUGUAUUUAAACUCCCUUUCUGCUUCAAAACCAGAAAAAGCACUGGAGAAAAAGUCUCUGUUCCAUUCUGCCACUAUCUUUAAGAGGAGAAGUGAAGAAAUGUGCAUGCUCCAUUGCCGAGCUGUGUUUCCCUCAGUCCAUCAACACGGAGCUCGCUAGAGCCAUUCAUUGCUAACUCCUCRUGGCAACUCUCCACGCAAUGCUGCUGGUUCAGACGGGCAAAGACACAAGACUGGCAAGGACACACUGGACUUUCCAUAUCAGUGCAAGAAAYAGAGACCUGAUUUGCCUUCAUAUGUGCCACCUGGAGUGCAAGGUUUCUCAGAGUCAUACUCAGAAAGAAGGGUUUCUGCCAUCAGUCCCAUACUGAACUGAGGCUGUUCUGCAGCCCUUUCAAAUAUCAGAAACUGAACUAGGCACAGAUAUUUGGUAAAAUUAUCACCAGUGACAGAAUCAAAAGUUGCAGUCAAAUACAUUGGGAUGAACUUUCCUGCAUGAUGAUGAUAAUAUGAAAGAAUUUUGGGAUUUAGCAUUUGAAUCUUUUCUGCUGUUGUUUCUCUGCCUAAAGGAUUCAAAUGGUGGUGCUCCUGUGAUUGUAAGAAUUAGCUUCAAUCUUCCAGUUCCAAAUGAAACAGAUGUUUAAACAACCAAAAACUGUGAGAAUUUAAACUUUGGAAAAAGUUGGCUUGUUUCAUGAUUACACUGCAACUAGCACAAAGUAUAUGCUAAAACAUUGCUCCUCAUGCAUGAUAAAGACAUUUUUUUCCUAGUGAGAAGAAAUUCAAGGUGCUCUGAAAUCUCAGUAAAACUCCAUUAGAUUUUGUCAAAAGAUCUAUAUUGACAGAAUCUCACAAGUGGUCUGCACGCUAUUUCCUUCUGAGCAAAGCCCRUAUUUAAUCCAAAAAUAGACAGCUCAAGUCCCUCAGAUCUCUCAGAAGAAAUUUUUAAGUUUUCUCCAUAAAUACAAUUAGUGAAGAAAAAAAGGCACAAGCCCACAUUACAGUCAGGACUGCUGCAAUGACUGAUAUGAUGGGGCCAGCUGCUCUCUAGCUCUGUCCAAAAGGAAGACAAAUCUGCAUGCUGCAGAGGCAGUGGUCUCCACAGCCMUUACACAAGAUGACACAGGCAGCCAACUUACACCCUGCAUCAAAAAUCCUAAUGGAAACACAAGGCAUCUUGAGUGCAGACUGGCCAGUUAAUCAUUAUUGGGACUGUUUUAAACAUAUUUUUCAGUGCUGAUAAAGAUGUUAAUAAGAUGAAAAGUUCCAUUUUUGCUUUUGUGAUGAAAGCUAGGCAGGAACAAGUACACUUUCACCUUGUUUGUGGCCAAAUUGGACACAUACCAUGAAAUGCUGGUUGCUGUGGAUUUGGGAUAUGAUUUCUGUUUUCAGAGGCAAGCAAAGACGCUGUAGCUGACAAUGCAGAGGUUUAGAUUGAUGGAACACAGCACUGGAUGCUUCUGCCAGCCUUAGCACAGCACACCGCUGUUCACAGCUUGGUUCCUCUGAAGGAGGUGGCUGAAUUGCUACUCAGCUGGGUCUGCUCUGCAGCUAGAAGCACUAGCUCUACACAUUAUCUUAACCAGUCCUGAGCUGACCUUUCCUAUGUUCUAUACAAAAUGCAUUGGUUGGCACCUGCUUAUCACUCAGCUAUGUAUCUUCUCAUCCUACACAGAAUGAUCCCACCAUAACCCU